AUGCAGUACAGGUCCCUUCUUCUCUGGGUCGCAGUGGCCGCUAGCCUCGGUGCUGCUGCUUCUACGUGCCCCAAGGAUUUCGACUACAGCCAAUGUCCCAAGACCAAGCCUGGCGCGGGUGCUCAUCGUCCCAAAGCCGCGUGUCCGGCGAACUUUGACUACAGCAAAUGUCCUGCGGGCCCCGGUCACACUACUCGUAAGACCUCUUGGUGCGCCGCCAUCGCGAAGACAUCGGUGCAGAUAUACUGUGCUGUUGUCUGUGGUGUUGUGCUGAAGUGUUGCUCGGCAUUUUGGAAGGUAUUAUGGAUCCGCAUGGAAGGUCGCAUUGCUCAUAUGAUCGGGGAUGGGCCGAUGGGUAUUUCGCUGGAAGAAUCGGGUGGCCUUGAUGAUAAAAAAGGAGAGUGGGGUAACGCCAUUCUACUUCGGUUGUAA